ACAUUGUCUCUGGGUAAGAAUCUUGGAAGAGGAGGCUGAGGUAGGUGUUCCAGUGGCAACGGGAACUGUUAGAACAGGCCAAAUAAGAGGUCUAUAAGGCUGCACAUAAUCUUCUUCCUGCCUGCAAUUUUUCCCUUGAUGUGGCAUAUUCAGAUAACAAAAGUUCCUCAGAUGUCCAAGGUACCAGUGGCUGGCUGUCUUCUUACUCAAUGUCUUGGCUUUCGAUGUCUACCUUGUUACAUCUCGACUCUCCCCUUAAGGAUGAAGUCACGUGCCUCCUUUAGAAAGCCCAGUCUUGUGGGAAAAACAAGAUCAGCACCUUCUCCAUUCCUUGUAUGGCAUUUCCCUAUUUAUAGUGAGAGGUUUAUUUCACAGCUGUAAGACAGUGAGGGAAGUUGGCUUUCUUUACUUUAUUCUGUUUCAGUUUUGGGUUGUUUUGUUUUGUUUGACAAAUUUGGGUUCAAAUUUUAGCUCAGCGAGUGCCCCCUCCCCACCCCGGGCCACCGCAUCUCCUCGAUGCUUUUGUUCUCUCCUGCCCGCCAUGGCCAGCCUUAAGGACCUUGAAGACAAGUGGCGCCUGGUGAAAAGCCAUGGCUUUGAGAACUACAUGAAGGAGCUAGGAGUAGGGGGUGCCUCUUAGGAAGAUGGGUGCCCGGGCCACCGCAUCUCCUCGAUGCUUUUGUUCUCUCCUGCCCGCCAUGGCCAGCCUUAAGGACCUUGAAGACAAGUGGCGCCUGGUGAAAAGCCAUGGCUUUGAGAACUACAUGAAGGAGCUAGGAGUAGGGGGUGCCUCUUAGGAAGAUGGGUGCCCUGGCCAAACCAGACUGCAUCAUUACCUGUGACGGCAACAACCUCACCAUCAAAUUCGAGAGCGUGGUGCAGACGACCAUGUUUUCUUGCACCCUGGGAGAGAAGUUUAAUGAAACCACAGUUGAUGGCAGGAAAACUGAGACGGUCUGCACCUUCGAAGAUGGUGCCCUGAUCCAGCACCAGAAGUGGGACGGGAAAGAAAGCACGAUAACAAGAAAACUGAAGGACGACGGGAAGAUGGUGGUGGAAUGUACCAUGAACAAUGCCGUCUGUACUCGGAUCUAUGAGAAGAUACAGUAAGGACUGGCUCCCUCAUCAUCCUGGACAGGAGUCAGCUACCCGAGGGAAUAAGUUCAAUUUAAUGAGCAGGUCAUACAGAACCACACUGCUUUAUUUCUUUGGUUUUAUUUUUCAUGACUGUUCAUUACAGACACUUUACCUGAAACCCAUGUCAAACUGUUGGUUUACCCAAGAUCAUUCCUUUGGCUAGUAAAUAAAUGUGUUUGUGCUAAAAAAAAAAUAAAAAAUAAAUAAAAAAAUUUUAGCUCA